AUGUUUCCUACAACAUCUAGAAAUAGAUCAUAUCGACGUACGGUUAAUGCCGCAAAGGCUUAUCAACAUGAAUCGCCACCCACCACGCUAGACAAAGAUAACGAAGGUCAAAUCGAAGGUGAAGGUGAAGGAGGGGGAGAUAGUUGUUAUGGUGUGAAAAGCGUUUCUAGUUGGGGUGAACAAUCCCAAUCUGAUAUAUCACCCACACUGUCCAAUCAAGAUAUGCAUAAGGGACAAGAUGACGCAAAUAACGAUGAUGACGAUGAGGAAGAGGAAGAAGACUCAUCAACACCGGAAGGAGGUGAUGGUCUGGUCACAUCUCAAGUAGGUUUAGGCUUAGGUAUUAACCCUCCUAUAGCUCUUGCUAGUGGGCCAAUAUAUCCUGAAAGUGGUGGUUCCAUCGAAAAAGUCGAUAUCAACCAUACGACUACUCAACCUAUUUCCCCUUCAAGACCUAUUCAUACGAGAUUAGAACAAAGGAUCAUACCCCCUAGUCCAGAAGAUACAGUUCAUCCACUCGAUCACUCACCUUCACAUCCACCUUCAUCAAUUAACAAUGCUGGUCUGCACGAAGAGAUGAUUGGUUAUGGAUCAUCGAGGGAGAGAGAACAUCAAUUGACUUUAGAACAUAUAACAAGAUCAUUUGAUACUUCUUCUUCAUCACCUUCACGUUCACCUUACUUGCAACAUUCAGAACCUUCUUCACCUGCGAGCUUUACUUCCAUGCCAUCAUACGUAGCUUCCCUAUCUUCCCUUUCGAGGACUUCUUCAAUCUCACCUCUAGGUAUGGGAGAUUAUCCACAUCAUCAUCAUCACAAUCAUCAUCACCUUAGUGAAGAUGGUAACGAGGAUGAAUUGGUCUUGCCUACUUUAUCGUUACCAUCUGAAAGUUUAAGUUUACAUAUGAGCUUAUCGAAAUGGACCGAAUCUCCAGAAGGUGCAUUGGGCGUCAUACUCUUGGGUUCCAGAGAGGAGGUAGAGAAGACUUUGAGGAAGAUCAGAGAGAAAGAACAUCUUGUGGAAAUCAAAGGUGGCGUUGUAGGUAUAGUCAGAAAUGGGAAAGUUCAGUUGCGAAUCAUAACGGGGUUGAGGGAUGCACAUCAAGUGCGAAAUAGGAUGCUUCAUCUAUAUAAUGUACUCAAUGGCUUACUGCAUCCACAAUUAGGAGAUGAUACCAACUCUCAAACUGAGCUAAGAAGGCUGGUAGAGGGUUAUGUUGGCAGAUCAGAUUGGGUACACGCAGUCAUUUCGCUUGAGAAUACUGCCGACACACAAUCACUUCGAGAUCUCUUACCGACCAUUAUAUCAGUUGCCUCAAAACCCGCUUCCCAGGUCCGCGAAGCUAACGAUCCCGAAUAUAACGAGGAAGUCCCUUAUUCUCGCCGGGGUGAAGUCGAACCUACACCUAAACCAUCGUUCGAAGCAUCAGGUUAUUUCGCUCCUCGCGUACAAUCGCCUUCCUCCUCAUCGUCGCGAGAUUCGUCACCUUCAUCCAACCGUUCCGCAGAAACAGACCAAUCAGUGAACCAAAUUCUUCAGCUACUUGACCAUCAAAACGAACACAGUCGAAGAUCGAUUGAUUCAUUUCUAUCCUUCCGAUGUCGUGUUCGCUCUGAAGCACCUCAAGAUAUCUCGCAAGAACAGUAUAUCGAUACUACAGGGUACGAACAUACUGGUGGACAACGCACGAUGACUUCAUCAAUGACAUCUGCGUCUUCCGGAGUAGGUGCCAUGCCCACUGUAGCCAGGGCUCAAGGUGGUGGUGAAUGGGAAGCCAACUUAUCUAGAAGAAUAGCGCAACGUAGAGAAUCUGAGACCAAAUCCAAAGCAACACGCGAAAGAUCAAAUAAUGGUAACAAUCUCAACCUACGUGGUAGAGGACGAGCAGCAGCGGGAACAGGAUUAUCAGGUCAAUAUCAGAAACCAAAAAGGAAAAGAUCCAUGGAUAAAUUUGGAAGUGGAUUGAGUAAACCUAAUACAAGAGAAGGACUCGAGAAAGACUGUUUACCUCCUCUAUUUCCUACAUCCAAAUCAAAUGCAAGGUCACCAAAGUCGAUAAGCGAAAAAGGUUUAGGAGUCAGAGGUUUAAUCGAAAGAACAUUUAAAGGUAUGAGGCAGUGGAGAUGGUCUCCAGGUUGGAAAGGUCUAUUAGUUGUAAGUUUCGUUGUAGCUGUAGGUUUGGGAUGUCUGGUCAGUAAGCGAACUUUUUGA